AUAUUUAUAAAUAUUUAGACUAUAUAACGUAGGUACAUUCUGCUGAGCUUCAAUCAUCAACUACUAAAAUUAUCUAAUAGCAUCAUGGUGACUUUGCAAAACAUACUUGUGUUUUUCUUGUUUACUAACGUGAUAAGCUUUGAACAAUAUUCAUGGUACUCCAAUGAUGCAGAUGAACCACUACAAAAUAUUAUUACUUAUUUUGUGAAUGGAUUGUUUCAAUACAAUCAAUGCAUUGUUUUUGUGCUUGAUCAUUAUUACAAAAAUGUAAUUCAUUACAAUUGGACAAAUGCACGAAUGGUUCCAUAUUACACUAUUCUUGUUCGUGAAAGUGAAAAUUUUGACCAUCCACAAAAAAAUAUCAUAAAAGUUCUGAUCAACAGUAACAAUGCUGGGUGUGAUGUCUACAUAAUUUUGAUUACAAAUGGUUUUCAAGUUUCACAAUUACUCGAAUACUCGGAAAGAGAACGCCAAAUCAACACACAUGGAAAAUUCUUGCUAAUGUAUGAUGCUAAACUUUUCGAUCCAGAAAUGAAAUAUAUUUGGAACAGGAUAACGAAUGUUUUAUUCAUACGUCACUACAGCAUUUCAAAACAAAGAUCUUACAAAAAACGAAUCCGGAAUUGGUUCGAUAUUGAAACAGUUACGUUUCCAGUAAAAAUAAAGGGUGGUGUUAUAACCCACUUUAUAAAUACUUGGUACGAAGGAAAAAUACGUUAUAAGAACCAGCUUUUUGAAAAAAAAACUGUUGAUUUAAAAAAAAAAAAACUAAGAGUCGCAAUAUUUGAGCACAUUCCUGCUGUCACGAAAUAUUCACGGCUACUAUAUGAUGAUUGCAGUAAAAAAAGUCAACAGGCGCUUGGAAUAGAAUUCGAAAUAAUGAGAAUAAUUGCAAAAAAAAUCAAUUGUAAGCCAGUUUUCUAUCGACCUCCGGACGUAGAAAUAAAAAGAUGGGGAACAAUGAGUUAUAACGAGACUUUUGAUGGUCUAAUUGGUGAAGCUGUUAAAGGUGCGGGAGCAUUUUUUUUAGGAGAUUUACAUUAUACCAUGAGGCAUCAUAGAUUAUUGGAACUAUCUUCACCCUAUAGAACGGAAUGCCUCACUUUUUUAACUCCAGAAUCAUUAACUGAAAAUUCAUGGAAACUUCUCAUUAUACCAUUUACAUUACAUACAUGGAUAGCUAUUUUAGUUAUAUUUUGUUUAUGUGUUUCCGCAUUUUGGAUAUUUUCAUUCUUUUAUAAAAUUUAUAUAAUACCAUACAUGCCGAUAGAAUUUAAUAAAAGAAAAAUGGAAGAUGGCUCAGUACAAGAAAAAUUAUAUGAAAAACAAAAAAUUAAUUUACAAAAAAAGUCAUUAUCUCCGUUUACAAACAUAGAAAAUAGUAUAUUAUUAACAUACAGUAUGCUCUUUCAAGUUCCUCUGCCAAAAUUACCAACUUUUUGGGCAUUCAGAGUAUUUAUCGGUUGGUGGUGGCUCUAUACAAUUCUUGUCACUGUCAGUUAUCGAGCAAGCUUGACCGCAGCUUUAGCAAAUCCAGUUGGAAGAAUGACUAUUGACACUCUUAGUCAGCUUGCAAAGAGUGCAAUAACUGUUGGCGGAUGGGAUGAGGACACACGAGAACUGUUUUUAGCAUCAUCUGAUGAUGAUCUUCAAAAAAUUGGUGAAAAAUUUGAACUGACUACCAAUGAGGAAGACUCAAUAGCUAGAGUGGCUGCAGGUAAAUUUGGUUACUAUGAAAAUAUUUAUUUUCUCCAAGUUGCAAGGGCAAAAAGACAAGUUUUAGAAUCAGAACGAAAAAAACAAGCAAUUAAGCAAAACCAAAGACUUGUAGUAGACAAUGAACUUCACAUCAUGCAAGAAUGUGUUAUAUCUAUGCCAAUCUCAAUUGGUAUGGAUAGGAAUUCACCUCUCAGGCCACAAGUCGAUAAUAUCAUCAAAAAUAUAAUCGAAACCGGACUAGUGGAAAAAUGGUUGAGUGAUGUUAUGGAAUGGUCAAAAAUUGCCGAAAUAAAAUCUGAAACGGAUACCCCCAAAGCAACAAUAAAUAUUCACAAACUUUCUGGUGCUUUUUUUGCAUUAGUUACUGGUUAUUUUUUUGGUAUGAUUUUAGUGAUUAUUGAAAAUUUCUAUUGGAAAUAUAUUGCCACAAAAGAUCUUACGAAAAUAAAAUAAACAUAUUGUAUACGCUAAAUCAUGUAUGAUAAAAUAAAACAAAAGUAGGUAAAUUACGUUCAAUAACAAAUUGGUGCACCAGAAAAUUCUAAUUUGUUUUGUUGUAUUAAUUUUUUCAUAAUGUUAAUAGGCGUUACUCCUACCCCAAGUAGGAAUUGACGACGGACACAAGCCUGGGACUAUUGAGGCCAAGACUGUGUCAAGUCUGUGCUCCCUCGCACAAGCCUAAUACAGUCGUUCAAGACCGAAAACUCUUACUUGGGAUGUAAAGGCUUUUCUUACGG